AUGCCUUACAACGAAAUCUACCAGUAUUCGCUGGUCAACGCCCUCAUGAGCGGCGUGUCAGACUCUGGCAUUGCUGUAGGGCAAUUGAUUGAAAAAGGAAACGUCGGGCUGGGAACAUUUGUGAAGAUGAGAGGAGAGCUGGUCCUUCUUGAUGGCAAGGUAUACCAACUCCAGGCUGAGGGCAGUGUUCGUGUUGCAGAACAUGAGGAACAAAUCCCAUACGCUGCGUGUACGAAUUUCAAGGCCCAGGACACGGUCAAUGUGACCUUCGACACUAAGGACUCAGUCGAUGAGAUUCUGGAAAAGUUCGACAAUCAUGCGAGUAAUCUGUUCAUGGCUUAUCGCAUAGAAGGAGUCUUCAAAAAGUUAAAAUGCAGAACUGUCAAGGGUCAAGAGUAUGAUGGUCAGCCACUUUCUGAGCUCGGAAAGUCACAAUUCGUCGCCAACUAUGACAGUAUUGAAGGGACGAUUGUCGGGUUUAGGGCACCUCAAGCUUGGCAGGGGUUCUUCGUGGCCGGUGAACACAUGCAUUUCAUCUCAAAAGAUCGCAGCUUAGGCGGACAUGUCUUGGAGUUAAGUGGUGCAGAGGUUACGAUGGGCAUAGCGACGAUAAACAACAUACACCUCGAAUUACCUACGAGCGAAAAAUUCAACGCGGCAAAAUUGUCAACUGAUGAUGUAGGGCUGAAAUCCGUCGAAGGUUGA